CUUUUCACGAGCGCCUCGAGGCUCGUUGCAAUGGAACACGUAGAAGAAGAAGCCGAAGGUCCGGCCAAGACAAAAAAUUAGUACUUGACUGAUCGACCUGCUGGUAACGUCUUAAAUUCGUCGAGCAAGAUGAGUUACAAUCAAAAUUACUUGAGUAGUGGGCAAGGAGCUCAAGGCAGCGGGCAGGGCUACCAGGCGAGCGGCCACGGUAACCCUAGCUAUGGGCAACAGGGCUAUGCCUACACUACUCAAACAGGGCAGCAGCAACCUGCUGCGCAUGGCACUUCGUAUUAUACCACGGCGUAUCAGCCAGCGCAGACUCAUCAAUCCGGCUACUCUACGCAUCCAACCUCUGGUCAGAAUUACCAACUGACUUACCAGCAGCCCUACGGCGCCCAAGGCUAUACCAUGCAGGAAGUCGCUCCACCGCCGGCUCCCCCUCCUCUUGAGUUCUGGACCGUUGAAAAUCCAGGAUCGCACGGCUACACCACAGCAGUGAGCCCCACCCAGCAGUACUACGUCAGUGGCGGUAGUGGCGGUACGGCUGCAACAGUCAUUCCCUACGUUACAAUGGACGGCGCCCGUGCGAGCUCUGCAGCCCGGAAUGCGACGCAUGACAAGCAACAUUAUGCCACGGCGCUUUCAAGUCGACAGUCUCCUUACCAACAGCAAGGUUACAAAUGCCAACGGUACACACCGAAGCGGUACUGAGAAUAAAGUUGAUUGAAAUUA